CAAUACCAUGUUAUGUUGACUCAGUUCUGAAAGAUGACGAAAUGUAGAAUGGAUCAAAAUGUUAUGUUGUUUGCGCUUUUUAUAAAACUGAUUACUGCAAGUGAUAGUGAACAGAUCGGUAACCACGUAAUUAACAUAAACAGCUGCUGCUCGGACCAAAGGACCGAUGUUAAGUGUAACGUAGACAACGAAAGACUGUUCAGUAACCUUUCGGAAAUUCUAAACGGACAUCAGCGGGAACUAAAAGAAAUUUUUCGAGCGUUGAAUACUGAAUCAAAACCUCGGGACUGCCAAGACAUUCAACAUUUAGGAAAUGAAAUCACAGGUGUUUACAUGAUAUACCCUGAAGGAACCAUGGGAUUUCAAGUGAGAUGUGACAUGGAUACGGCCGGAGGAGGAUGGACUGUUUUACAGAAACGAAUAUCUUAUAGUGACUUUUCUCAGGACUGGUAUGACUAUCAGAUAGGGUUUGGAAAUCUUAGCGGGAACUUUUGGUUAGGAAAUCAGCAGAUACAUAAAAUAACCGGACAAGGGUGGUAUGAGUUGCGUGUUGAUCUUGAAAGUAUGUAUAGUAUUAUCGCAUAUGCGCAGUAUAAUGUUUUCUCGGUUGGCGAUGUAAACUCGGGAUACAAACUCACAGUAGACGGUUAUAGUGGCAACGCGGGAGACAGUCUUUCAUAUCAUAACAGUCAAAAAUUUUCUACAAAGGACAAGGAUAACGACAAGAGCACAGGCAACUGCGCUGUAAUUCAUAUGGGGGGCUGGUGGUACAAUGCAUGUGAUCAAGUAAAUCUGAACGGGAAGUAUGGCGCUACAGAUGAAACUGGUCCAGAAUGGACUUUAUUUAGACCAAAAGACGAUCCGUUAAAAGUGACAGAAAUGAAAAUUCGGCGCUGGACAUCGAACACAUGAGAUUCGCCCUAGUUCAACGAUAACGGAAUAAGUAUCACAUCUAUUUUCUGGAUAUUUUAUAUUUUCGGAAACCUAACUUGAUAACUUCACAAUUAUCAGACAGAAAAUAAUAACUUUCUUACUUAUUCAUAAUAUUUAUGUUAAAUUCAGUGAGCUUCGAAAACCUGGUGCAGAUCCGUUGACAGUUGACAUACAAGCAACUAGAAGAUACAUUGAUAACUCGGUCACUGAAUAUACAAGGAAAUGACUUGUGAAUAGUGACAUAGAAAAUAUAAAGUAGUGAACAAGACGCUGUUUACUUUUGUUGUUGUAACGUAUUAUUCUACGUUUAUAAUCAAAUGUAUAUUUAAUUAAAGAAUGUUUACUCAAAAUGUUGUGUUUAUCCACUGUGUUGUUCGCUGUAUAAGGGUUAUGUCUAGGAAAGUAUGCUUAACAAAGUGUUUGUAAAAUUUAACAGAUAACUUUAUUAAUUUGAAAUAUAUUCCUAAUUGUUU